CUUUGGGGGGCAGCUAUGUGUGAUAGCUUUUGUUGAAAUUUAUUGCUGUUGGAUGUCGAACUUAAAUAAUUAAUAAAAGAUGUGUGCAUCACUCGAUGCAGAGGCUAAGAGGUAUCUUUUUUUUUUCCACGAGCUCCAUUUUGCAAGCAACACAGAACUUUGACAACACCGAUCGAUCGAAGUCGUCGUAUCAGGCCGAUGGGUACGGACGAUUUCAAAAUGUUAGAGCUCCCAUCGUGAUGAAAUAGAUAUGGCUAACGGAAGUUGGCCAGACACUACGUAGGACAUUACAAAUAGCCUUCCAGCGGAAGUCCGGCCGGGCAGCAGGGUAGAAACUGAUUGAGUCUAGCUCGAGGUCGAAACCAUUACUUUCCAUCCACAUACACCACAAUGGCGGUGGCGUCGACUCCGCCUCUGCAGCUUGUCGUAGCCGCGCUUCUUGCGCUGUCCCUGUCCACGACAGCGUCCUCGUCGCCUGCGCCGGCGAACCGGAGCAGCUGCUACAAGCGUCUAUUCAGCUUCGGCGACUCUCUGACCGACACCGGCAACUACAUCAUCCACUACGCCAACGCGUCAGGGCCCGUCCUAGCGCUGCCAUACGGCGAGACCUUCUUCGGCCGCCCCACCGGCCGAUGGUCCGACGGCCGCCUCAUCAUCGACUUCAUCGUGGAGAGGCUGGGGUUCCAGUACUGGCCGGCGUACCUGAAGGGGGCAGCCGGGAAGUCGCCGGUGGAGGAAUUCCGGUACGGCGCCAAUUUCGCGGUUGCGGCCGCCACGGCGCUGAGCCAGGAUUUCUUCCUGAAAAAGAACCUCAGGGUGGACCUGCUUACCCCGAGCCCGAUCCCCCCUUACUCCCUCGGCGUCCAGAUAGACUUGUUCAAGAAAGUGCUCGCCAUGCUCGCCUCCACGGACCAAGAGAGGAAGGAGGUGAUGGCGAGCUCGCUGUUCCUGGUGGGGGAGAUCGGCCUCAACGACUACAACCACCCCUUCUUGCAGAACAAGACCCUGGAAUGGGUCAGGCCCCUCGCGCCCCAGGUCAUCGAGUCCAUCGUUCUGUCCAUCGAGGUUCUGAUCGAGCUGGGCGCCAAGACCAUGUAUGUGCCGGGCAUCUUCCCGCUGGGGUGCACCCCGCUGUACCUCUCCCUCUUCCCCGGCGACGACCGCGACCCUGCCACGGGCUGCCUCCGGGGGCUCAACGACCUCAUCCUCGUCCACAACCACAUGCUGGAAGCCAAGCUCGAGGAGCUCCGCCGCGACCACCCCGGCGUGUCCAUCACCUACGUCAACUCCUACGACAACGUCCUCGGCCUCAUCACAGCGCCCACCCAAAACGGGUUCGACAAGGAAACGGUGCUGGAGGCGUGCUACCCCGUCUUCAUUUCCGGGUCGGCGGCGGUGCCGUGCCUGGACCCGUCGAGGCACGUGAAUUUCGACGGCCUGCACAUGACGGAGGCGGCGUACAAGCUCAUGGCCCGCGGGAUGCUCGACGGCCCGUUCGCCGCGCCGCCCAUCAUGUCCACAUGCAACCACAGCUGCUAGACCUAUGUCUUGCUUUGGCAAAUGAUCUAUAUAUUCAGAUAGUGCUUGUUGCAUCUGAUUGUCAAAGUGUCAUCAAUAGUACUCGAUCACGAUGGUGCGCGUUGCAGCACCUCCAUUUUUCCAAUAAAUUGAUACUACUUUUUUAA